AUGGCAGAGCCAUCAUCAUCGUCAACGCCGGCUUCACUGCCGCGCGCCCUGGUAUCAAGGCUCGAGAGAGAUGCACAGAAGAACUGGGACAAGUGGUGGAAGAUCCAUGAGACGAGAUUCUUUCGCGACCGCAACUGGACCGACCGCGAGUUCGGAGCGCUCAAGGGGUCAGGAGCAGCUGAUGGUCAGCCCAAGUCAGGCGGAAAUCAAGGCGGCGAAGAGGGCGAGGAUGACGACGAAGCUGCUGAGCUGGUACAGCGCAGUCUGGCCGCUUCCUCGUCAGCCUCAUCAUCCUCAAGUGCCCCAGCUGCGCCUCCGGUGCUCUUGGAAGUCGGAUGCGGAGUAGGCAAUAUGGUCUGGCCCCUCUUGGACAAGAUGCCUACGCUCAAGGUUCACUGCUGCGACUUCUCAGAUCGAGCCAUUGAGCUGCUCAAGCAACAUCCCCGCUACGAUCCAUCACGGGUCCACGCCUUUGUCUGGGACAUCACUCGACCAGAGCAGCCCUACUCGAACGACAGCGAGGACUCGACGCCAACUACCCUCUUCUCCCUCAUGACGUCCCAUCCCUUCGGCCCACCCACACUCGUCUCAUCCGUCUUCUGCCUUUCAGCAAUCCCUCCUGCACUCCACUUGCCUACCCUCACCAGCCUGUUCGCUCUCUUCCCCGCGACGGCGUCAUCACGACCGCCACCCGCGACGCUCCUCUUCCGCGACUACGGACGCGGCGAUCUGGCCGAAUCCCGCUUCUCCGUCCGCAAAAGGGCAUGGGACGAGCCGCAUCUCCUCUCUUCUGAGGGACUGCCGCACUACCGCCGUGGAGACGGGACGAUGACUUACUUCUUCGACGAGGAAUACCUGCGGCCGCUGGUCCAGCAGGCGAUUGCUGCGCGGGGAGAGGAGGGAAUUGCGACGUGGGACGAAGAGCUGGGUAUCGUCGAGAGGAUUGGGCAGAAUCGUAAAAAGGGGUUGACGCUGACGAGAAAGUUCUUGCAGGGGGCGUGGACGAGACGGUCGAGCCAGCCCAUGUCCUCCGAGUAGAGUAGUAAUUGCAUCGCAUGCUACCCGCUUACAUGACGGUGCAGUCGUCGCGAGAUUUGCCCUCCUCACGCCUGCCAAGCUGCGACCAUUUGUGCGUGUCCUUGUGUUCGGCCAUGAGCUCUGCUAGUCGAUACUCGUCGGCUUGGCUCAGUUUGAGGCCGCGAGCCUGGCGGGAUUGAAGGGCCCGUAAUUGCGAGAGGUGCUCGGCGGCUAUGCGUCUGCGAGGAGGCAGGCUCUUGUGAGUAUAGAGUCGUGCGCUGGACGCCUCCUCACGCCUUUGUGAACAGCGGUGGCGGUCCUACCCACUUGUCAAGCUUGCGGUUGGUCAUAACGUCCCCGAGGUUGGGCAGAGAGGGCAGCUUGGAUGUAGACGAUGGCGGCUGUUCCUGCUUGCCUGCUGACGUCGACUGUGCAGCUCCGUCUUGCAAGCCCAAUCGCUUCAUCGC